UGUCAUCCUCUUGUCUUGCUGAGACUUGAGUGGCGGAUUGGCGGGAAAGCUGAGAGCCGCUAAGUACCAUCAGAAAAACUUCGAAAUAGAAAUACAAUCACAGUGCUUCUGGGUUUGGACAGAGAGGAAAAUGGUGGGAGGUAGCUCCAACAACGAUUUGGUGAGGAUCCUAGAAGCCAUUAGAUCCUCCGAGAUUGUUACCCUUACGGGAAUAUAUGUCUUGGUUAGCGCAAUGAUUGUUGAGAAUCGAGUUCAACUAUUUGCUGAGCUUGGAAAUCUAGUUUUCAGGGACAUAUCUGACUUUACUUCGCUUGUGGACUGCCUCAUAACAUUUUGGGAAGAUUUCACAUGUUUGGAUGUCACACAGUGCAUGCUAAACAGAAGUAUUUUACAAGUGGCGCUGAAGUAUGUUGAGUUUGACCUUCAUAGUGGCAACAUGUUGACGAUUCUCAACCUUGGAAUUAAGGCAAACGCUUGGUGCUGUAAACAUCUGAAAAUGACUCUUUUGUCAAACCAAGAAUCUGAGGAAGAGGAACAUACCUCUGUAUUUUAUCAGCUGCUUCUGGAGGCUAUGAAGUUUUCUGCAUCAACUUUCUUAGCCUUGUUAAAAUUUCCAGUCUUUGAUGACAAGCUAUUGAUAGAUGCUUUUGCGAACUUCGUUUUGGAGGCUUUAAAUUUAGCAAAAGCUUCCAUAUCAGAUACUAAGAAACUUCAAUCAUUUGGAUCAGAAAUAUUGAAGGUCACGCAUAUGAUGAUUGAUGCUGUCAUAAAACUAUGCAAGGCACUUUCUGAAUCAGUAAACUCAGAGACCUGUGAUGCAAAACUAUGGAGCCUUAAGACUGCCCAUGUUAUCAACAUAAUAAAAUGUGCAAUAGAAAAGUUAUCUCAGAUUGGUGUCCUUGCUGCUAAUGAUGGAGGCAAUUUGGUGAAUAUUCUUAACGUGACAUGGAAAGGUGUAGUCUCCUUGCUUCAAAUUGGUCGGAAAUAUUUAGCAGAAGUGAUAAGCAUAGCAAAUGUACUGGGAGAUUUAAUUUCAUUGAUAACUGAGCCUCUGAAAUGUGUGGCUGAGGUUUGGUCUUCACCCAAGGAUACUGUUUCUGUAACUGAAGCUAAAAGGAUUCUGGUGCCAGUGAAAUUUUACCUAAUUAAUGCAGUAAAAAUAGCCUCACUGUAUCCUCAUCAGGCCUAUGCAAUAUAUAGAGAGAUCAUGCUCUGUGUCAUCAAGAUGACGACAUUAAAAAUUGCAGUGAGCAAUGAAAACUUUCUGAAAAGUGUAUGUGCAGUAACUACUGAGCUUUUGGAGCAAACAAUCAUGGAUCUGGCAAUGUCUUUGCUAAAUUCUGAUAAACUGAAAUUUGAGCAGAAGUCUGAAAUACUGGAGUGGUUAUUCUUUAAUGAAGGGGAUUCCUAUUCUGCUUUUGAUUCUCCAAACUUAGCUGAUUGUAAUUCAGCAUCUAUGAAUGAAAUCUUUCACGUUAGAUGUGAUGAUAUGAGAAGAGGAAGAAUACUGAUCAUAGGUCGAGUUGCUUUGUUUAUUAAUUUCUUGGGAUGUUCUCUUGAACUUGAUGAAGAUCUAAAAUUAGGAAUUGUCCGGAAACUUCAAUGGUUUCUGGAUAUUGUAGUUGAAGAGGAUGUAUACUCUAACAUUCUUGUUCUACAACUUCCUUUGUUGCGUGGCUCUGGGAAAACGAUAGAGCUGGUUUGGCAGCCUUUGUUUACAUCUCUUUUGCAUGCAAUCAAAACCUUCAUGAUUGUGGUCUCUUCAAGCUCUGCUUGGGGGGAUAUGGAGUCGUUUAUACUAGAGAAUUUCUUUCACCCUCACUUUCUUUGCUGGGAGAUAGUGAUGGAAUGUUGGUGCUUUAUGCUGCGACAUGCUGAAAUGGACAUGGCAAAAUGUAUGAUCAGCAAGCUUUGUUCGUUACUAAAGCUUCUGGCAUCCUCAGAAUCUGUUCUCCUUCCUUCUUCUUCCUUCCGAAUAUUGGCAAGAUCAAUCUGCUUUUUGCUAACCUAUGGUUCACAAUCAAUGGUUAAUCAUGUCUAUAUGUCUCUUGUUGAGGAUGCCAGAACUCAGUUGUCGUCGAUUUUAUGUUUGGCCCUGCUCAUUGAAGGUUUUCCAUUGGAUUUAUUAUCUGAUAAGUUGAGGAAUACUGCCGUUCAAAGAGUCAUAUCAGAUUAUUUCGAUUUCAUAGACAGCUUUGAUGAAGCAUCAUUGAUGACAAGCACUUCUGGUUUAUCUGGCAUUCCAGUCUCUCUUCUGUCUGCUUCCUUGCAAUCACUCCAGACCUGCAUCCCAGAUAUUGAUGCGAGGACCUUAAAGUUGGUUUCAGUUGCUUGUAACUUAAAAGAUUCUAAGGACAAAGCAAUUAAGGACCAUUAUCUUACUCUUUUGGGUGAAGUCCUACAGAUAAUCUCAAAUUUGAGACAUUUGUACUCAUCAAAUGGAAUUGAAAAAGCCAUCAAGGAGAUUGAAAAUACCUUUGUCUCAGGACCAACAGCAUCUGAUAGCUUCUUGUUCAAAUGCAAACCACAUUUGACUCAAUUCAUGGCAGGACUUAUCCACACGGAAUUGUCAGAGAUUGAUGAUAAUGAUUCCAAGAACUGUGCUGUUCUAAACUUGUUUCACAUGCUCUUGAAAGAGAAGCAUUGGGCCUUCAUUCAUUUGGCAUUAAAAGCAUUUGGACAUUUUGCGAUGCAUACCAAGUAUGAUAAGCUAUGGAGGUUUGUUCCACCAGAUUCAGCGCUUUCAUAUGAUGUACAGUCAGGAGUUGAAUCAGACCAAGAUAGAUUUACAGAGGAGAUCAAGGCAUUUCUUAACAAGGAAAUGGCUCUUCUUUCAAUUGCACCAACAACUGAACAGCUUGAGCUGCUUGCAAGAGAAGGUCAUGUGCUGAAGCAAAUGUUCCAUAAAAUAUCCAACACGGCUGACGCGGAAGAGGUACAAAAAUGUAAAAGCAUGGAAGUUGAUGAUGAUAAUGUUAGUAACUGUUCCAAUAAGAAAAGGAAAGUUGGUGAUGGGAUUAUCAAAGGUGUGGAAUUGCUGAAGAGUGGUUUGAAGAUUAUUGGGGAUGGUCUUUCCCUGUGGAAUCAUAACCAGUUUGGGAAUAAUGAACUUCAUGUCAAGUUCUUGACUCAGUUUUCUCAACUGGAGAAUGUAGUUACUCACUUUGAGGAAUUGGCUGGGAGCAGAGAGCUGUGUUCAUCUCUUGUUCAAAGCACUUCUCCUAAAGCUGAUUAAUCUGUUUCAGUGGUAUAAAAAUCUCAAAGAGGCAACCCGAUCACUAAAGUUCUGCCUCCCUUUUCCUUUUAUCCUCACAAUAUAUUUUUAUUUUUGUAAAUCUCCUUUGUGCCUGUGUGUUAAAGUGAGUAGUUCAAACUAAGCUUGAUGGGUCAAUUUGAACCCAACAAAUAUUAGGACCAAGAUUGGGAUUAUUCAGGCUGCCCAAAUAAAUGCAAAGAAACUUGGGCCAA